AUGGUAUCUACAGCGGACCCUUUACGAGCUUGCAAACGCCCGGCUCUCGAUCAAGACUUACGGCCUAGCACCAAAGUCCGCCCCCAAGAUCGAAACAGUACUGCGUCGCCUUACUCACCUCGUCAUGAACAGGCAAUUUCCCACACGCCCUCACCUGCCGUCGGCUCCGUCAGGACACACUCGUUAUCCGCCGGGCAGCGGUCAGUGCAGAGAACGCCACUCUCGUCGCCCAAGCUAGCUCCCCCACUGCCCCUACCGGUGCCCGUGCCCGUGCCGGCGGCUCAGCCCAACCCCCGCCAUUCGUUGCAGAGUCACGACGGAGAAAAGGUAGCCUUUGGCUACACCCUAUCUCCUGUGAAUUCUAAUCUCGAAGCAGCCCUCGAUCACAUCACCAAGAUCAAGCUUCAGCCAGAGACGCGGCCUGUGACCCACGAACAACUCGUGAAUGAGAUCAAAGGUCUCUACGCCGGCCUAGUCAUGGUGGAGAAGAAAUGUGUUGAAGUCUGCCUGCAACAGUCCCAGUCUACCACGAAACUGUCCAACGAACAAUGGCAGGCCCUGAUCGCAUUACAUCGGACCCUGCUGCAUGAGCAUUUGGACUUUUUCCAGGCCACACAGCACCCCGCUGCUUCCCCGGCUUUACGACGCUUACCCGUUAAAUACGCCAUGCCCGCGCGAAUGUGGAGGCACGGCAUCCAUUCGUUCCUCGAAUUACUUCGCCAUCGUUUACCACAUUCCCUUGAGCAUAUGCUAAGCUUCGUCUAUCUCGCCUAUCAGAUGAUGGGGCUGCUCUUGGAAUAUGUUCCUGCUUUCCAUGAGACCUGGAUCGAAUGCCUGGGUGACCUGGCUCGCUACAGAAUGGCCAUCGAAGAGACCGACAUGCGAGAUAGGGAGACGUGGGCUAACGUGGCGCGUAUGUGGUACAAUCGCGCUGCUGAUCGCUCGCCCACCACUGGGAGGAUUCAACAUCAUCUCGCCGUCUUGGCCCGACCUAACAUUGUGCGCCAGCAGUUCCACUACUCCAAAGCUCUGACCAGUGGAAUUCCAUUUGCCAAUGCACGCGAUUCGAUCAUGCUCCUGUUCUCGCCGUUCUUAGAGAAGUCGGUCUCAACGAUCCAAAAGUAUCCCAAGUUUGAGAGUUCCUUUGUCACCGCUGGCGGGCUCUUGUUCACACGAGGAGAAAUCCACGAGUAUUGUGUACAUGGCACACAAUACCUGUCCGAAUUGGAUAACCACAUUUCCAGAACUGGCUCCAACUGGAAGGUUCAAGGUUCGGAAAUCGCGCUCACAUUCACUGCCUGGCUGGUCGACUUUGGUACGGACGAAAGCUUCCUUUGGAACGGACUUCGAUCGAACGCGGAUAAUAUCAAAGCGAGCCGAGCUGAGAAGCAGCUGGACCCCGUCACAAACACUGGGCAGGUUGAAGAUGCACAAAUCAAGGAGGACAUCCACCAGGAAAUCUGGGGAGAUGGUUCCGCCAAUGUUAUCGCGUCUCAUCAAGCAUCGCCUGCAGCUGGUGACCGGCCAGGGGCUAAAUUGACCUCGGCCGAGGAAGUGACUGCAUAUGUUGUUCCGGUUUGGGCCACGUCCAUAUCUAUAGUAGCCGGAAAAGUGGGUGAUCGGAACAUAUUGCCGUUCAUGCACCUAACGUUAGCCUUCAUUUGGAGUCUGUCAUACGUGCCAGGAGCUCUUAUAUACCUCGAAAGGUAUAUCCCGUGGGGCAGGCUGGCACUUUGUCUGAAUACGUUGAGCCGCUCCGGGGUCGUCGAUGCGCGAUUCGAGGCCAAGGAAUUCCCGCAACACCAAUCUGGCACAGGCCGUCAGCUCCCGGAAGACUUUCUCAUUCGAGGAUUCGAAUGGGCCUAUUAUUAUUUCCCUGCCGACUUCUUCGAAGGUCAAGUGGUUGAUGAAGAUGAGCGCACUCUGGAACUACCAAGCCAUGCAGCACCUCGCGCCGAGCGAUGCCUUUGGCUGGGUGUCAAGCUUGCACAGUUGAACCGGUAUCUCAUUUAUGACCUGAAAUCGAAGCAAUUCUCCUGCACGGAAUUCGCCACGUCCCUGGAGAUUCCUUCUCUCUUGGAUUGCGUGCGUCCUCAGACAUCGCUCGGUCUGGACUUCGAUGCACAAAUGGUGGACGUGGUGUGA